CGCCACAGGUCACGUGAUAAGGGGCAUUAUUAUUGCCGCCAUGCGGCUCUUGAGACGGACAGUAUUCUUAGGUGUGCUGGGGAGCAGAGGAGUAUUAAGAACCAUGUGUGCUCAGGUGGGAGACUGGCAGAGUGCCAAGUCCAUCUACGAGUUUUCUGCCAAGGAUAUUGAUGGCAAUGAUGUGUCCCUUGAGAAAUACAGAGGGUAUGUGUGCAUCAUUGUAAAUGUAGCCUCUAAAUGAGGAAAGACCAAAGUAAACUACACUCAGCUAGCGGGAAUGCACGCCUCCUAUGCUGAGAAAGGUUUACGCAUCCUGGGCUUUCCAUGCAACCAGUUUGGAGGACAGGAGCCGGGGACUGACGCAGAGAUUAAAGAGUUUGCUAGAGGUUACAAUGCAGAGUUUGACCUCUUCAGUAAAAUUGAUGUGAAUGGAGACAAUGCUCACCCUUUGUGGAAGUGGAUGAAGGCACAGCCUAAAGGCAAAGGAACCCUGGGAAAUAACAUCAAAUGGAACUUCACUAAGUUUCUUAUAAAUAGAGAAGGACAAGUGGUGAAGCGGUAUGGCCCAACAGAUGAUCCCAGCGUGGUGGAGAAGGACUUACCCACAUACCUCUAAUACAACUGUGUCCUAUGUGUUACUUUGACUCCUGACCUCUCCUAUGGAGUUCAGUGUAUUUGUGUGUGUGUGUUUCUGGACCAGUGACGGCCUGUCUGUAAACCCAAUUUUGGGAAGGACAAGCCUGAUGAUUCCCAGCGUGCAACUAACCGCCAGAGCCCACACACACCAAUCCCUAGAAGACCAUGAGAGAGGACAUCACUAGUUGUCCAAAGUAGAGACAUUUCACACCUUACUUCAGCCUCUAAACAGCCAUUCCUUUUUCUAAUACAAAUACCAUUUAGUUCUUUAUGAAUGAUAAGUGACACAUUUGUGCAUGUGUCAAUGUCAGUGUUAUGGAAGGACAAAGGAUGCCAUAAACCUCACAGAUUUCCAUUAUGCUACUGAUAAUAUUAUUUGCACUUAAUUUGCCAAAGGGCCCUUUAUUGUACCAUGACUUAUCAUGUAUUGAAAUUGGAAAAUAAAUGCUGUCUUGGACACUGAUUUGUCAA